AUCAAUAUGGCAGAACCGUUAUCCCUGGCACCCCCUGCUACAAAAAUGGCGUCACUGAACCGGGUCCGAGCUCUGGCGAUGCUGUUCUUAACUGUCACGGGCUGUUGUGCGACCCCGACCAGUGGCAAGGAGGGGUCCGAGGAGACCGCCAUCAUCGGCCUGAGGCUGGAGGAGACGGACGACAUCUCCUUCAUGGACCGGGGCUACCUGCGGCUGAGCGAGCGCUCCCGGGUGAAGCUGCGGAUCUACGGGCAGAACAUCAACAACGAGACCUGGUCCAAGAUCUCCUUCACGGAGCAUGAGCGCAGCCGCAGCGUGGACGGGUCCUCCUGGGACCACCCGGGCCAGGAGGACCUGUCCAGCCCGCACCCCUGCGGCAUCAGGACCUCGGACAUCAUCAUACUGCCCCACAUCAUCCUGAGCCGAAAGACCACGGGAAUAGUUGAGGUGGAGGUCAAACCCCUGCGGAAGACGGAGAGGAGUAAAUCGUACUACCUGUGCAUCGCCACCUCCUCGCCGGCCCUGAUCGGGAUGCACGACCCCUGGACGGAGACCACCUGGAUCUACCACAACGGGGAUGACACCAACGUGAUCGUGGUGGAGGAGAAAAAGUUCCUGCUGCCCUUCUGGCUCCAGGUCAUCUUCAUCUCCAUGCUGCUCUGCCUGUCGGGCAUGUUCAGCGGGUUGAACCUGGGGCUCAUGGCCCUGGACCCCAUGGAGCUCCAGAUCGUCCAGAACUGCGGCACGGAGCGGGAGAAGAACUACGCGAAGAAAAUCGAGCCGGUCCGCAGCCAAGGGAAUUACCUGCUGUGCUCGCUCCUGCUGGGGAACGUGCUGGUGAACACCACGCUGACCAUCCUGCUGGACGACAUCGCCGGCUCGGGCUUGAUCGCGGUGGUCAUGUCUACCAUCGGGAUCGUGAUCUUUGGGGAGAUCGUGCCCCAGGCCAUCUGCUCCAGACACGGCCUCGCGGUCGGGGCCAACACCAUAUUCCUCACCAAGUUCUUCAUGCUGCUCACCUUCCCCGCCUCCUACCCGGUGAGCAAGCUGCUGGACUACCUGCUGGGCCAGGAGAUCGGGACCGUGUACAACCGGGAGAAGCUCCUGGAGAUGCUGCGCGUCACGGACCCGUACAACGACCUGGUGAAGGAGGAGCUGAACAUCAUCCAGGGCGCGCUGGAGCUCCGGACUAAGACGGUGGAGGACGUGAUGACGCCGCUGAGGGACUGCUUCAUGAUCCCGGGGGACGCCACCCUGGACUUCAACUCCAUGUCCGAGAUCAUGAAGAGCGGCUACACGCGUAUCCCGGUGUUCGAGGGCGAGAGGUCCAACAUCGUGGACCAGCUCUUCGUCAAGGACCUGGCCUUCGUGGACCCGGAUGAUUCCACGCCGCUCAAAACCAUCACUAAGUUUUACAGCCACCCGUUGCACUAUGUGUUCAAUGACACCAAGCUGGACGCGAUGCUGGAGGAGUUCAAAAAAGGAAAGUCCCACCUGGCCAUAGUUCAGAGGGUGAACAACGAAGGUGAGGGGGACCCUUUCUACGAGGUCCUGGGCAUCGUCACCCUUGAGGACGUUAUCGAAGAAAUCAUCAAGUCAGAGAUCCUGGACGAGACUGACUUGUACACUGACAACAAGACGAAGAAGAAAAUCACCCAUCGGGAAAGGAAGCAGGAUUUCUCGGCCUUCAAGCCGACCGACAAUGAAAUGAAGGUUAAAAUAUCACCUCAGCUUCUGCUGGCUACCCUGCGUUUCCUAGCAACAGAGGUGGAGCCUUUCUCACCGGUGCAGAUGUCCGAAAAGAUCCUGCUGCGCCUGUUGAAGCAUCCGAACGUCAUCCAGGAGCUGAAAUACGAUGAGAAGAACAAGCGGGCGGCAGAGCACUACCUCUUCCACAGGAACAAGCCCGUGGAUUAUUUCAUCCUCGUCCUGCAGGGGAAAGUGGAGGUGGAGGCAGGAAAAGAGGGGAUGAAGUUUGAAGCAGGACCGUUCUCCUUCUAUGGGUUGAUGGCCCUGACAGCGUCGCCAGUCCCCCUGUCCCUGUCUCGUACCUUUGUGGUCAGUAGAGCUGAAUCAUUAGCAGGAUCUCCAGAAAACAAAUCUCCUCCACGGCCGUUUGGACUCAACCACUCGGACUCUCUGAACAGGAGCGAUCGCAUCGACGCCAUCACCCCGACUCUGGGCAGCAGCAACAACCAGCUCAACUCCUUCCUGCAGAUCUACGUACCGGACUACUCGGUCAGAGCGCGCUCAGACCUGCAGUUCAUAAAGAUAACACGCCAACAGUACCAGAACGCCGUGAUGGCGUCGCGGAUGGACAAGACCCCCCAAUCCACAGACAACGAGUUCACUAAGAUCGAGCUCACGUUGACGGAGCUCCACGACGCCGUGGAGACCUCAGCCGUGGUCACCACCACAGCCAGCACCACCAGCACCACCCCCGCCGUGUCCAUAGCUGUGUCCAACGAGACGUCCCAUCUGCUCAACCCCCAGCAGAACUGUGUGGGCCUCAGCAAGAGCAACCACAGCGCCCACAAUGAGGCACCCAUCUAGCCCCCGCCGAGCCCGGUGGAGACCCCAGACCCUCCACCCUGUCUCGUGGACACACACACACGGAGCGGUGGCGUAGAUGGAGAUGAGGGAAAGCGGGGGAGUGGAGGCAGGUGGAAAGAGGGUUCUGCUCCGACCAGUACGCCCCCAGUAAGUCAGUCAGUCUGUCAGUCUGUCAGUGAGACCCUUUCAUGGGAGGGGCAGUGGGGAGGAGGGGUGCUGCGUCGCCCUGAAUGCCCCCCCCCCACCACCACCACCUGAACGCUGUCAGGAUCCCAGCUGUACCACUCUCCUUCCAGAGGCUGCACUCGGACAGUUCCUGUGACUGAGCUUCUUUUCUGGGACAAUCUGACACUUUCAUAGCGGUGACUUGGACUAGAGGACGACAGAGUGCAUGCAAACC